CUACACGCGUAGUUCUGUACCCGUAGCAACUAGCAUCUCAGAGUUAUUAUAUUUUUAACUAGUAGGUAUCUUGUCUCGGUCAUAAACAGUAGUGUUUGACAUUUUAAUAUUAUACGCAUUCGUAAUUUUAUUCGCGAGCGUAUUUAACGGUCAACUGUGUGUUAAAUAUUCAAUUGUGCGUUAACUCCGGCCAGAAUCACUAGAUUUUUGGCGAAAUAUAAUAUAACAGUGUAUUAUUAAAUAAGAAUAAGUAGAUAAAAUAAAUUAAUUAUUUUAUAUUUAGAAUUACAAAAUAUAAAAUUGAGUUCUGUAAUUUGAAUAGUGGACUUAUUAUUUCAAAGGACUUAAACAUUUUCUUUGAUCGUGUUUUAAUUGCAAUUUUACUAAUAACUGAAAUUAAAUAAGAGUAUUUAAUAUUCAAUUAUAUAAUUUAUUGGACUGUUAAAAGGGAAAAUGGCGGAUAAAGAUGAUAAUAUUCGCAGUGCGGAUUCGGAUGUUUUUUUGGAAUUGGAGAAAUUUGGUAGAUUUCACUUCAUACAGUAUGUUUUGGUGUGUUUGCCGCUUAUGAUGGUGUCUAUGGUGCACGUCAAUUAUAUAUUUGUCGCUGAAGACGUCAAUCACAGAUGUCUCGUCCCCGAGUGUGAAGAUGCAAACCCAAGUGUGCAGUUACCGGACUGGUGGCCUUCUGACGUGGACUCGCGAUGCUUCAGACCCGUCGUCGAAAUGCAGGAGUACGACAAACUGAACCAAACGUGUUCAAACAACACGUUCGUUGAGAUACUAGAAGAAUGCCACGAGUGGAUAUACGAUAAUAAUAAUUCGAUCGUUUCUGAGCUCAACUUAGGAUGCCAGUCUUGGAAAGCUACUCUAGUCGGGAGCGUACAUAACGCCGGGAUGGUGAUGUCUAUGAUAAUUACUGGAUGGAUUGCAGACAAAGUUGGACGAAAACCUACGAUUAUUGUGUGUUCGAUAGGUGGGGCUGUGGGAUUCUUUAAAAUAUUCAUCACAAACUACUAUGGGUACCUUGGUGUUGAAUUUUUGGAAUCUGUUUUAGCGUCAGGGCUAUACACAGUUGCUGUAGUUUUGUUGAUAGAAAUUGGCGGUGAAUCUAAUAGAGUAUUAGCUGGAGUAAUUUUCUCUUACGCAGUGUAUGUAGGUGAAGUUCUAUUUGCCUUCAUAGCGAUGGGAUUAAAAUAUUGGAAAACUUUAAUCCUCGUCGUAUACUCUCCGAUGAUUUUGUUCAUAGCUUACAUUAUAAUAUUGAAAGAGGGCACAAGAUGGCAAUUGUUAAGAGGGAGAACAGAAGAAGCAAAAGAAACAUUAAAAUUAACAGCGAAAAUUAAUAAAAUAAAUGUAAAUCAGAAGGAAAUUGAUGAAAUAAGUGGAGAAGAUCUCAGAUUUAAAUUUAAUAUUGUAAUGCAGAAGCAGAAGGAGAGUAUAAAAGAUAUAUUGGCAUCCAAAGAGACGAUGCUACGCCUGAUUGUUACCUCGAUUUGCUUUUUCACCUCAAGUUUCGUUUACUAUGGAUUAGCAGUACACUCGGUUUUGUUACCAGGAAAUAAAUACACUAAUUUUGUAUUAACAUCACUUGCAUCAUUUCCGGGAGACUUUCUAGCACUUUUCACGUUCAAAAAGUACGGAAGAAAGAUAUCUCUACAAAGUGGCUACAUUUGCUCUGCUGUAUUUCUCAUAGCUCAGACAUAUACUCCUAAUUCACUAUCCUGGUUGAAAAUUCUGUUAUUUUUAUGUGGGAAACUGAGUGUUGUGGUGUGUUUCACCGGCAUAUACACAUACAGCCUGGAGUUGUUCCCCACCAGUGUUCGCGGCACGCUUGUCGGAGUUGGUAAUACUGCUGCAAGAAUCGGCAGUAUGUUGGCACCGCUUACUCCUCUUUUGUCGAACGAGCUGGACGCCUUGCCUUCUAUUUUAUUCUCCACCACAGCGGUAUUAGCAGCUCUUCUAUUAACAUUUACGCCUGAAACGAAGACUUUACCUUUGUUUGAUACGAUAGCACAAAUUGAUGCUUAUAAAUCCAAAGUAAUGACGCAUUUGUAAUGAUUUUAGUCAAAACUAGGUUUAUUUACUCGCUGCAUACGUUAUUAUGCGUUUUAUCUCGGACUGGACUGGGACGACCAGUUUUCUAAAUAUUGUUUUAUACAUAAAAUAUUUUUAACAAAAAAAUUUAACCGAUUUCAUAAUCACAAAAUAAACUAAAAAGCGAAAAAUAACAUCGUAUGUGCUACCUACUGAUGACUUUAAGGCGGUACUAUACUUUUAAAACAAAAAAAGAAUUUUCAAAAUUUAUUAAGAAUUGACAUAGUUACCUAUGAGGUAACAAACAUCAAAAAAAAAACAUUGAAGUCGGUUAAAAAUAAAAUAUACGAAAGUGUCACGAGUAGAGUUGCCAGGUGUCUGGAUAAAGCCGGACAUAGUUAGACUUUUCUAUUCCGUGUCCGACUGAAAUAAACGGUGACAGUGGCUUUUGAUAUUAUGCUUUACAUUUAGCAAAAGUGUGUGGGAACAAAAGUUACAGUAUUAAUCGUAAAUGUUUAUACAUAAAAAACAUUAGUGUACUUAUUAGUACACGUGUACACAAAAUUAUCAAUAAUGUAGGCUGUCCGGUCUUUUAAACCCAAAUGUCAAGCCGAAGUGGCUGGACUGACCGGCUUUUAAUUUCUGCGACCUGACAACCUUAAAUGGGAUAGGCAGGGCGUCUCCGCCCCGUUCACGUCCUAAAUCCGAGUACAUAGCGACUGUAAGUGCACUAUUUAAAAAAAUACGAUACGAUAUAAUAAAUUAAUUUUUUCUAUAUAUUUCUAGUUUAAAUAGUUUUUAGCGACAAUGUUUAAAUUAUUGUACUUACGAAUGUGUCUCCGAUUAUAACUAUGCUUUAAGAUAUUAAUUUUUGAUCACUAUGUGAUUUGGUAGAAAUUGUGAUUUGCAAGAAAACAGCAAAUUCAAUUACUCGUAACAUAGGAUAAUAAAAGAUACUCUUAGAUAUGUAUUUAAAAUAAAAUAUUAAAUCUAAAUUAAAAUAAAUAAAUUUUGUUCUAUAAUAUUUUGAUUUAAAUAAAAUGUACAUAGUUAUUAGAUUAUUAGAAUGAUUGUAAUAUGAGACGGUAUAAUUAUUUAAUAAAAUGAUUAAGAAAUUUCCUUAUAAAUUAUUUAAAUAGUACGAUACCUUAAAAAAUAUUAUUUAGAAUAUUAUAUUACUAAGAAUAUUAUGUAACUAUGUCUAAUUCGGUACAUGUAGCACAAAUAUAACAUUAUCAUACAUAUAGAGGUAGUUAUUAUGCAUACCUACCUAAAAUUGUAUUUAAAUUACAUAAUUUUAAGUAUGUCCAUCAAAUAAUUUUAAAAGUAAUUCUUAUUUUAUUUAUAAGUAGCUUAAUAAAGAUUUAAAUAGAUUUAGAUUUAAAUGUGUUUCGACUUCUAUUGAAUAUCGGAAGUUUUUGAGAAUGUGUUUAAUGUAAAUACUGUACGUCGUAUGGUAGAAAUGUCAAUAGGGUGUCAAUGAAUUAUUACAAUAUUACAUAUCUAAUUAAGUAUGAAAUAUUUGCGUACCAUUUUAUUUUAUCCAAUACAAACUUUAAACAAAACUUAA